UUACCCCUCCUGUUUGGUGAAUGUCAGCUGACCUCACUGGGAAAAUUGUUAACGAAACAGCAACAGCAAUGUCCCUUAUCGCUGAUCAAUUUAUUGAUCGAUUACACCGCGUAUGACAGCGUAUCAAGCAUACGCUUAAUUUUCUUCUUUAACAUUUCACAGCAGCCGUACUGAAUCCAAGUCUACUGAAUCGGGUUCCGACACCAUGCUAGCCACAGUGACUGCUGUGGUUCGCUUUGCUCAAUACAAUGGCAGCAUUUCACCCACACCCUUGGAGAACACAUCAACAUUCCCAACGUGGCGACCCGACACUGAGGCCAACAUCUCCAAGUGUCUACAAGUCUUGUACGAGGACAUUGGAGACUCCAGGGUCCGGUUCUGGGACAUUUUACUGCUCGUGCCCAAUGUGGCCUUCUUUGUGUUCCUGAUGUGGAAGCUGCCCUCAGCCCGGGCAAAGAUCAGACAAACCUCCAGCCCCAUCUUUGUCACCUUUUACUUGCUGGUGUUUGUCGUAGCGGCCGUUGGAAUCACCCGGGCCGUGGUGUCCAUGACCGUUAGUGCGUCCAGCGCUGCUACCAUCAUAGACAAAGUGCUGUGGGAAAUCACACGUUUCUUCCUGCUGGCGAUUGAACUCAGUGUCGUCAUUUUGGGACUGGCUUUUGGUCACCUGGAGAGCAAAUCUAGUAUAAAGCGAGUGCUGGCUAUCACUGCUGUGCUGGCGCUGGGCUACUCCAUCACACAGGGCACACUAGAGAUCCUGUAUCCUGACAGCCACUUGUCCGCUGAGGACUUCAACAUCUACGGUCACGGAGGACGGCACUUCUGGUUGGCCAGCUCCUGCUUCUUCUUUCUGGUGUACUCUUUGAUUGUGGUCUUGCCUAAAACUCCAGUGAGGGAGAGGAUAUCUCUUCCGUCUAAGAGGAGUUUCUAUGUGUAUGCCGCCAUCCUGUCUUUGCUGAACCUUGUGCAGGGCCUGGGCAGCGCCCUGCUAUGUGCUGGAAUCAUAGAGGGACUCUGCUGUGUGGACAUCACCACCUUCCUGUACUUCUCCACCUUCGCGCCACUCAUUUAUGUCACAUUCCUCAAGGGCUUCUUUGGUUCAGAGCCCAAGAUCCUGUUCUCUUACAAGUCACAGCUGGAUGAGCCGGAUGAAAGUGACGUCCACCUUCCCCCGACCGUCGCCACGAGCAUUGGCCGCAAGGAGCUGACUGACCAGGGCCUGUUCUACUCCUCCACCCAGAUUGACGGCUCUGGUCCCGGCAGCUCUCGUAUGGUGGGAGCGUACCUGGAUGACGUUGCCUCCGGGCCCUAUGGGUCCAGCAGCAUUAACGGCGUCGACGCAGACCGCUGGAGACCUGUCAAUGCGUGAAUGAAACAGAUGGGAGAAUGCAAGAACAAUUAUACAGAUUAUACAGCUGGACUGAGAUUUUGUGCGCGUGUGAUGCAGAGCGGCCCAAAAAAAAAGAGAAACGCAGAACAAAGAAGUCGGACACCAAGGACUGUUGAUGUUGGUCUUGAUGCCCGGAUAAGUUAAAGAGUCAAUGAUCUGGAGGCCUGGGAUUUAGCUUCUGCUUUUGUAACUCUGUUGCCAGCGUGCACUGCUGCUAUGAGUGCUGUCCCUCAUUGUGCCGCCGUAUGGAUUUUGUUCGACGCGCGUGAAAGUGGGAUCUUACUGAUUCGGCUCACCUCAUGUUCUGUCAUUCCUGCAUUGAGCAACGACUGCUCGAUCCCCAACAAUUAUGUUUUUUCCCCCCCAUUUUAAGUAUCAAAGUCUUUUAAAGUUGAACAUUCUUUUAUUGGCCACUCAUCAUCUGUACAUUCCAACUAAAAGCUUUGAGUAACGGCAUCUAAACCCACUUUGUCCUCUGGCCUGUAUUAGAUUUGUGGCUUAACUGGCUGGCUCUUUACAAAGUGCAACGACCAGCGCUGGUUAAUUUUUGAUUGGUGUACUAUCUAACGAAAAAGAUUGUGUGAGGUUUGCCACUGCAAUAUGAUAAGAAAAUAUCUAGGUACAGGCUUGGCAUUGACCCUUAAGAUCACAAUCCAUCUGUAAUGCUCUCUAGUGUGAAUUGCCUGUGCGAACCUGCAUUUGUGACUCAGUUAUGUGUUUUUUUUUAUGUGACUUUCGUUUCCUCAUUUAUUUAUUUCCGACUUAUGCUUUAAUUUCUUAUACAUUUGAAUCAUUCCUGCUACUGAAAGCACAUUUGUUACCCUCAGAGUCCUUUUAGAAUGACUUGUUAUGUGUGUGAUUUGAACAUGGACUUUUUGGUUUUUCCAAAUUAGACAUGCACUCAUUCCAUAUCGGCAUAUGUGCCUCAGCUCUGCUUGCUUUUAAAAGGGGUGCUCAUCCAAAGCUUUUAUUUUUAUGCCAAUAUCUAUUUGUCCUAGGUUGGAUUUUCCAGUGCUCAAAUUAUACCAGAAACAAUAUUGCGAAAUGUUAUGGUUCCAAAUCAUGAUAUUUAUAGAGUGUAAUUAAAUAUAUCUUAACUACAUAUUAAGAGAGGCUUAGGUACCUGGUAUUUCCGAGACGGCUCAUUAUAGGAUGGUGCAGAGAGAAAGCUACUUGACAAAUUUUCCUUUAUUACCAAUUAUGGGUGUCUUUUUUUUCUUUGUUCAGCUGGUGAAAAACAUUCUUUCACAUUUCUUGGUAAUACUGAAAUAUUAUCCUCCAUAAAUACACAACACAUUUCCUUUCUCCUACCAAGAAAAUAUGAUAUAUGCACGUUUCCCCCUGAAAAGUCUUAUCUUUGGUAUGAAUGGAUUACUCUAUUUCAGUCAGCCGUAUUCAUAGAUAGUGGUGAUUUGGAUGCAGGACAAAUGGUGUAUAGCAAUGUAUUAUGUCAUCAUUUUAAAUCAACAUCGUACAUAAUUGUUAUGUAUCAAAGUAAUGACAGUAUUGUACUUGACUCAUAGAAAUAUGAUGUGUUCAAAUUUAAGUGCCAGUGAUUACUGCUGUAUAACUUAGAAGAGUUUGCUGAAUCACUAUAUACAAUUGACAAUAUGCAAAAUAUUAUUAAAUAUUAUAAUACUAUUAAAUAUUAUAAUACUUAUUAUAAUAUAAUAAGUCCUCUCUCAAUAGAUUUUUGAUGUUGAAAUCAUUUUGCAAAUGAUCUGUAAUGUUUCCUUUUUAAGUGCAUCGAUUGUAUAACAUUCUGCCCAUACUUAUGCAAUGUUUUAAAGCAUUCCUUAACCAACAAAAUAAACCAUGGACUCUCAUUUGUUUGCA